AUGACUGACAUUAAAGCCAGACUUGACUCUAUAGAUUCUCAACUUACACUAUUCAAAGCUAAGCUAGAUAAUAAUACAUACUUCUUAUAUGAACUACAAAUAGGAUAUCUAUUCACUAAGUUGGAUAAAAUUCAUAAUCAACUUAAUACAUUAGAGCCCAAUAGUUUAAGAAGUAAAAGAGGUCUUAUAGACGGUCUAGGAUCAUUAAUCAAAAGUAUUACUGGUAAUUUAGAUCAUACGGACGCUGAAAAAUAUAAUAAUGCUAUACAAAUUUUAGAAAAUAACAACCAGAAAUUACUGUCCGAAGUAAAUGAUCAUAUUAGUCUUAACAAAGAAUGGAUGAAACGGCACUCCACUUUACUUACGAAAAUAGUAGAAAACCAGGAGAGAAUUAAUAAUAGUUUGCAAUUAAAUUUAAAUAAUAGUAUAUACAGCGAUAACAGUCUUCUUAAAUACGCGCAGUUCGCUCAGUUACUGACGAUAAUCAGCGAAAACGCAGAAGAUCUGUUCAUAGAAUUAACUAGGAUAGAGGACAUCUUAGCUUUUAUACGUGCAUCGAGCACCCAUCAUAGUAUGCUAAGUAUAGAAAAUUUAAGAAAUAUGAUAAGUAAACUUAAAUCAGUGUAUAAUCAGGACCAAGUUCUAGAAGGAGACUUGAGAGAAUAUUAUAACAUAAUAAAAUCCGGAUAUUAUUAUGCAGGGAAAAGGAUAGUCAUUAUAUUUAAAGUUCCAAUAAUUUCCCCAGGUCAAUUCGAUUUCUAUAAGCUGUCCCUUGUUCCUAACAAAAAUUUCAUGACUUUUAUUCCCCCUUACCCAUUCCUUGCAACCAACAGCAAAACUUUCAUGUACAUUGAGGCUGAAUGCCCGAAGUUCAACCACCAGUACCUUUGCGAGGAAAUGGUCAAUCAUCUCCCAAGAGGACAUCCAGAUUGCAUACAAGGUAUCAUCAUCCACCAAUCCCUAGACAAAUCGUGCCGGCCUACCAAAGUAAGUCUCGACAAGGAAGCCAUGGAGCAGCUAGACGACCAACACUACACGCUUAUUUUCCCACAACCGACCAAGACGGAGCUACAAUGCGGACGACAGGAGUUCAUCACCCUGCAUGGAAGCUAUCUUGCUACCCUGCCACCAAAAUGUCUUAUGCGCACUGAAGAAUUUACUAUUAUCAAUAUCAACGAUCAAAUCAAAGGACAACCCUUACUGAUAACAGAUAUACCUUACGACUACCAAGUUAACCGCCCCAUGCAAAUGCCACAUAUAAAACUUAAUUCAAUAAAUCUAAAGGGACUACAUGACAUCGAAGAUAAGAUCCUAAUGCAGCAACCAAUUAAAAUAGACCAUAUUAACAACCAAUUGUACCACACGACUAUACCAUUCUAUGGAAUACUAUUGAGCGCAGCUAUACUGACUUCUAUAAUUAUUAUACGGCGUAGUAACCUUUGUACGCGACUGAAAAUUAAGAAUCCCGCAAGUAAAGAUGAAACAUCAACUGAAAAUCGUAUUAACGAGUCUCCUGAAGAAGUAGAGCAUCGGAGCCCGAAGUCAGCAACAUUUUCGCUCCAAGUCCUCAAAUAGUUGCCGAUUUGAGGGCGGAGAUGUUAGAUGAACUGUAACUAUGAAACAUGCCUACAUUGCAUCUCCCGUGGAAACAUCGAGUGACACAUAUGUUGAGCAAUCUCCAUGCAAGCCGUGUGGCCGCCUGGCAUUUUCCGUGAAGCAGCGAUUGCCACAUGCAACCCGCCUGAUUUGCCGAUGGUGCAUCUUCGCCUCGUGGAAACCGCGACCGGCGUC